CUAUGCACCAUUCAUCCACGACUGCUUCAGCGGACUGCGUCAUAGAGCAUCUAAACUUGAUGUAUUCGCUGAUGCUUGCGCUCGCAUCUUUCGGCGAGAUUUUUUCUACUAACCUUCGGUUCUAUGGUGACCUUGCGGAUUCCUACUCCGCUUCUGGUCUAGGUGCGAUCAUCACGUAGGCAGUUGUAUCUCGGUCGCCGGUUCAGCAAACUUCACUGCACGUGGAUCCGUUUGACGUAUAAGUCGGAUCUCGGUGAGAGCUGUGCGUCAGCCAUGGGAGCGGGCGCGAGUCAACCCGCGAGUCAGCAUCAGCGUCGGUCGCAGCCUGCCAGGCCGCCGCAGUACUACCCGCCCGUGCCCUACACCGUUCCCGCAGGCCCCGUUCCGCAACCUCCCUACGCCCACGCGCCGUACCCCUAUGGAUACGCGUACCACCCGCAGCCCGCUGGCGGAGUGGCUCCCUCCCCAUGGUCGCAAAACCCGCAGUACCCGCAUCCCGCGCCGCAUCCGCACGCUGCCCCGUGGUACAACGGGUAUCCCGGCCACGCGCCGCCGCCGUACCAGGUGCCCGUUCCGCCGAUGAUGGCGAUGGCGCCUCCGCCGGUUGUGGCGGAGCCGCAGCAGGCGGUGACGAUAAGGAACGAGGUGAACGUGAAGCGCAGCUCGCUGCGCCUGCAGCGCGAUCCAAGCGAUCCCACCAAGCACCUGGUCGCCUUCACCUUCGAUGCCACCGUGAGCGGCAGUCUGAGCGUGUUCAUCGCGGCGCAGGAGGGCGAGGGGUGCAGCUUCAGGGAGCUGUACCCGCACCUGCACACGGCACGGGUGUUCCGCUUCAGCAAGGGUCUGGGUCAGAAGUUCGUACAGGCGCCAGGCACGGGCGUCGACCUCGCGUGCAUCCCGGAGGAGCACCUCCUUGGGGUUUCCCCCACCAACCCCGUCUACCCUCUCGUCAUCCGCACCCGCGUCGAACCCAGAGGCUCGAAACCCCCCACAGUAGCAUCUCCGGUUAGUAGCGCUAGCAGCGAUGUCAGUAACCCUCAGUCCAGCGCGCGCGGCAACGCGUCUAGUGAGCCGUGCUCCUCCUCUGCCGCCUCGCCUCUUGCUUCCGGCGGCGUAGACCCGUGCGAAUCUGACCCCGGCGCUCCGCUGUCCCGGGCGAUACAGUCGCAGAUGACCUACGCCGUUUUUGAGAAGGUUGCGGUGACGCGUACAGAGAAAGAGGACGGGGGGGAGGAAAAUGGGAAAGGGAAGGGAAGGGGGGAUUUGCCGGUGCUGUUCGCUGUGCGGCCUUUGAAGCAGAAGAUAUGGGUGGAUGGCACGAGCUAUGAGGUGCAGGAGAUCUACGGAAUAGAGCAGUGCGGGAGGGCCACCACAGGCAGGGGCAGGAAGGGCGAGCAGGCAGCGGGAGAGGGAGGGGAGGGGGGUAAGGGGGGUGGGGGGUCUGCAUUGGAGGGCGAGGAGGAGGAUGAGGAUGAGGUGGCGGGCAAGGAGUGCGUGAUAUGCAUGUCAGCGCCCAGAGACACCACCGUGCUGCCAUGCCGCCACAUGUGCAUGUGUGCGGACUGCGCCAAGGUGCUGCGCUACCAGACCAACAAGUGCCCCAUCUGCCGCCAGCCCGUGCAAUCAUUGCUCGAAAUCCGAGUGCCGCCCAGAAUGCCCUCGCUGGACGGGCCUGAGCCAACCUCCCUCGAGCAGAGGUACAGUCAGGGGCAGGAAGACAAGCACAGGCAACACCUCUUGGUGCCGUGCCUGCUGAUCGUCCCCAUCAUGGGCCUGGAAAUUCUGACCCCAGCAGCAGAGCCAGUCAGGUGGGAGGUUCUGCACCGCCGCAUGGUGAAGUGAGUCGGGGGGUGAAUUCAGAGGCGGGGAGGGCAUGGGUGCGAGGGGAGGUGGUGAUGGAGCGGGGAGGAGUGGCGGUGCUGAUGUGGCGGAGCUGGGUGAGCGGAUGGAUUCUCUCGUGCUGGGCACUGGUAGAGGCAGAUGACAUGCCAGGCCUUUUAGACAGCAGUUCGAGCUUUGUAUGUAAAUUCUGCAUAAUGCUAGCUCAUGUGUUCCAAUGCAAAUUGUUACUAUCUGUCACUAGUUAGGGUUUGUUAGAGA